UUCUAAAUUUUCAUUCAAAUUUCACAACGCAAGUGGAGAAGUACACAGUUUAUAGGCGAGCACUUUUCAAUAAUAAAUGGAGUCAUCACACAAGUUUUUACCAUCCGUUGUCAUCAUCUUACUGCUCGUUGUCGCUACCGAGGUGGCGCCAACAAAUGCGGAGAGAGAGUGUGAGGUUCAAAGUGGAGAGUUCACAGGGCUAUGCUUGAUCCAUGACAAUUGCGCCGCUGUGUGCGUUACUGAGGGAUUCACAAGCGGCAGGUGCUCCGGCUGGAAUAGAAAGUGCAUGUGCACUAAAUCAUGCUAGCGACAUGCUGACGACAUGUAGUUCUUCUUUGCCUGAUUUGACUUGCCCUUUUCAUGCGACUAAUGAAUUUGUAGUCUCACAUUCACGUUCAAUCACAUGAAAGGAUUUUUUGUGUUUAUUUGGAACAUAGUUGUAUGCCCUGUGAAAAUGCUCAUGGAUCACAUGAUAGAUUUUUUGUUUGUUUA